UUGCUUUCAUUCUUCGGGCACUUUGAAGGAAUCAAAUUUAUAAGAAAACAGUAUUUGGACAAUAAAAACGACAAAUUUGUACAACUUUUUGGAUAGUUUCUAUUAGUGUUUAUGCGAACAGAUCAUGGCUUCUCAGUUCGGUGUUGAGAAGUGCGGCGGGGAAGGCUCUGAGACAGUGGGAGCUGCGGCAGUUAUUACGACGCUAACCAGCGAAAUGGCCCUGGAAUUGAAACCGUCUCCAAAACAGACAUGUAUUCCAUUGCAUCAACGGCAACGUUUGGUCAGCUCUGAGACGAGUGUCAAUUCGAAAAAGUUGGACAUUGAAAUUCCGGACAAGUCGUGGUCGGUGUUGUAUAUUGGUGCCAAGAAGGAUGAUAGCUUUGAAUAACAGCGCGUAUUCAGAAAGAGAGCCUGGCAAAUCGACUAAUUGUGAUUGACAACGCUGUAUAAUAUUAAAAUUUUUACUUAUGCCAGUGCAUAUUUCAUUCUUCAACUCAUCUCCAUUCAAUUAUAUAUUUACGAGUGUA